GAGACGGAAGCCGGAGGGAGUUCACUCGUGUGAAGAGAAGGAAACAGAUCGAGAGGAGCGUGCUGCCUGAUCAUGACGACUCUAUUUCGACCCGGAGUCAACGUCUCAGAACUGUGUGCGGAUGGAAACAAGUUCCUGGAAGCUGGAGAGCUGGGAAGGGCUACCUCUCUCUACAUGUCGGCCUUCAGGACCCACGCUGCAUCCACCAUGUCCCACGUUCGGAAACUGGAGGAGCCCUGUCUGGCUGGAGUGAUCUAUACCCUGGAAAGUUGGCUUGAUGGUCAUGGCGAAAAUCUGCCUGCUGAGGGUCUUAAUAAAGGCUUGGCCGCGGUAUUUCUGUCCACACUAUGCCCCAACAAUCUGUCUGCCACCAUUUUCAAAAUGGAGUCCUUCCUUCAGAGUGGUGGGCAUGGCUGCCAGGAGAUUUUUGCCCGCUGCUCUGCUCUGCUUGAAGUGAAAAGAAACCCUAACCCAGAAGGACCUACUCGAAUGCUCUUGGAGAUAACUCGUGCUCUGGCCUGCUUGUUGGCAGAGCCUCACAGUAUCAAGGGGAUUAAGCUUUACCUUGAAGCUUACCAGAGAAACAAAUCAGAAAUUGUCAACCUGGUGAAAUCCAGACAGGCUCAGCAUCUAUCAAAAAUAGUCAAGGCCUUUACUACCCAAAUACUGCACAUAAAUCCUUCCCUGGUGUUUAACAGCGAGUGGGCAGUAAAGACAAAACAGGAUAAUAAGCUCAGUGCAGAAGUUACUUCUGUAAUCAUUGAGUUUUUGUUGGCUAUCUCACCUGUUAACAGAGAGGUGCAGGAACUUCAAGCAGCAUAUUUCUUUUUGACAGGAAAGUUUGGGGACAGUGCAGAAGUGUUCUCUGCUCUCCUGAACUGUGGUCAUUGCCAGAAAAUGUCAGCGAGUAAUGCAGACAAGCCUGUCCAGGACAGUCUGGAGAGGAGAGCUCGGCUCUUAACCAGUCGAUCAGCUGCCUGCUUCUCAGCAGGUGGACGGACUGCGGAGGCAUGUGGGGAUCUGGGGGAAGCAUUUGAGAUUCAUCCUGCCACUGCCCGAACAUAUUUUCAAAAGCUCUUCACAAAUCACGGCACAGGAAUGGCUGCUCGCAAUCAUCUCCGUCAGCAGGCAGAGAAGGGCCUGUGUGGUUACAGAGAGAGGGUCCUUGUCCGUCCAGACCUGCGGUCCACUGAAGGAGUUGAACUCCUGGACCCUGUCAUCAUGCAGUUACGGACCCUGUGCCAUUUACAGCCGGACGGGGGAGGCAGAGAGCUGCGGGUACGACUGGCUGACUGUCUUCUCCUCAGAGGGGAAUACAAAGAGGCCCUCUCUAUCUGUAGCCAGCUAGCGGCUGCCCAAGGUCAGCAGAGCUACCAAAACACAGUGCAAGUUCUUCGAGGGUAUGCAAGACUUCUCUGUGAUGACCAUAAGGGGGCGUUAGAAGACUUCCAGGCUGUGAUUGAACACAAUGCCCCCCACCCGUCCAGCUGUGUACGGGCACUCUGUGGCAGAGGGCUCCUGCGCAUGAUGGGUGGCUCAAACUAUCUCACAGCUCUAGACUAUGUGACAGCAAGCAGGCUUCAGCCUCAAGAAACAGCACUGACUGUACGCUGCUUGGUGCCAUGGAACUGCCGGGGGCUGCUCUUCACUGUUUUAGUGGAGCAGGGACGAGUCAUGCUGGAGGGGACUGGAGAGAGUGAAUCCAAUCCCAGAUCCAGUGAAGACUCCCAGCAGACUCAGCAGGAGGAUAAGGCCUCGUCAAAAAGAGACAACCACAGAUCAGGGAAUCCUGCUGGAGUCCAGGCCCUGGCAGUGCUGCUGAUGGAGCUCCAGCCAGGCGCUGAUGGGCCUCAGAUCCUGGCAGCUGAUGCCUUGUACCAACUUGGUCGGGUGGAGGAAGCCUACCGGCUACUGCUCUCUGUCGGGCCCACCAGUCCUCGAGCACCCAUUCUGGCUCGCCUUGCCCUGCUGCAGCUGCACAGAGGCUUUCUUUAUGACACCAAUCAGCUGCUGAAAAAGCUCAUUCAGUGCGGUGACACGAGCUGCUUGCGCUCCCUGUUAGUGGUGGCGCAGCAGAGGGACCGUGCAUUGCUGCAAGGACACUGCCACUCAGUCGCAAAACGCAUCCUGGACACCACAAGAGAGGAGGGUGCUGUCAGAGAGGCUGUGGCUUAUCUGUCCAUCGCCAUCAUGGCAUCCGGUGGUGAGGCAGCUAACUCCUUGUUGGAAAGAGCUAGGUGCUAUGCCCUGCUGGGUCAACGAAAGACGGCCAUCUUUGAUUUCAGUGCCAUUCUGAAGGAGCACCCAAAACACAUCCAGGCCCUCUGUGGAAGAGGCUUCACCUAUCUCAUGCUGAAUCAGCAAAAGGAAUGCACUCAUGAUAUCCUGGCAGCACUUCAGAUAAACACUGAUAUAGUCACCAAAGACAUCCUGUCUCUCAAGGACAAGGCACAGAAGCUGGUCUGUGAUUGGCUGCAUCAGUUCUGUCGGACCAAUCUGUCAGACAUGCUGGUCACUAAUGCCGUCCCCUGCCACGAAGAGCAGCUCAGAGAAGCUUUCAUUAUCAGCAGAGCUCUGAUGAGGACUGACUGCAGAGAGCCCAGAUGGCAUCUCCUCUACGUGGACAUGCUCUUAGCCAAAGGUGAAGUUAAGGCUGCAGGCGCUCAUCUGUGCCAGGUGUUUGGCCAGGAGCCAAGAGACGCAACGGCCCAGGCCAGGGUGGGUGUGGUGGAGGCCUGGCAACAGAGCUACCGCAGCGCAGCAUUCAGGCUCAGCAAACUGACGGAGAAAGACCCGUCCAGUCUGGACUUCCUGCUGGCCCUGAUCCCAUUCAAUCAGCGAAAGCACAUGGCACAGGCAGCAGCACAGGAGGCCAGCGGUGUGUCAUCAGGUGGCCAGUGGGAUCAGGCCCUCACUCUCCUGACUGUAGCUGUGAAAGCAGUGGGCAACCACAGACUCCAGUAUUUUCGCCAGCGGGCCGCCUGCCUAGCUCAGCUGGGCUUGCAUGAGCGGGCGAUAGCUGACCUUGACAUCGUUAUCCAAAAACAUGGUGGAUCCAACUCCAGCCGCUCAGAUGACCAAGUCUGGGCGGAGGACCUGUGUCGGCGAGGGCGCUGCCUGGUGCUCUGUUCCAGAGAAGGAGCGGCUCUGGAGGAUUUCUCUCGGGCCCUGGAGCUCCACAGGGACCAGGCCAUCCACUGUGUGGAGGGUGGUCUGGGGAGGCUGCGUCUGGCUGAGUGCUUCCUGCGGGGGGCUCUGCAGCACUAUGGCGAGCAGCAACUCAACCAAGCCUGGACAUUGAUUGAAUGUGGCCUUGCUGUAGACAGUGAGAACCCAGAGCUCCGCAGACUGAGGGCAAAGGUCAAACGGGAAGUGGCCAGCCCCUGUAACGUCAACUAGAGUUGAUAGUCAG